AUGGCCUUCGCUGCAGUCAAAGCAACGGCCGCCGGUGGCCAGACCAACGCCUCCACCUCACCUCCGGCGUCCUCGACAGGCUCAACGCCGGCCAAUCAGGUCGACGGUCAGCCUGUGUACCCACCCCAACUGAGUUCCCCUGCACGCCGCGGGCCUGCGGCUUCGUCGGGCCAGUCAUCCCUCUCAGCCUCCACCUCCAACGCCAGCAUGACGGCCCGAGCCGUCAACGGUGUCACCGCGAUUCCUACCUUUGUGGCAGCCCCGCCUGCCAUCGCCAUGACGUCACCGCGCGCUAGCACCAGCGUCAACUCUGGCCGAGCACCCGGAUCGGCUACCAUCAGCGGAGCGGCAGGUUCCACUACGGCCAGUCCCGGGGGUUCGAGCCGCGUGCCCAAGCGUGGUCCAUACCGUUGCAGUCGCUGUGGUCAGAUGCUCAAGGGCCAUCAGUGCCCCUUCAAGGACUACUCUCCCCGCACGCCGCGUCCCACGCCACGCGUUAAGAGACCGUCAGCGUCGGACGAACCCGAGGAAUCGGCCACUUCGGACGUCGCAGGACCACCCCCCACUAAGCAGCCUCGCUCACGGCCUGCCUCGGCAGACUCCAUCUCCGACGUGCCCGCUGGCGACGCCAACCCUCAGUUGGCUGCCAUGCAACUGCUUCGCAUCAGCAAGCGGGCGCCCCCCGCGCCCGGCCAUGGUGGUGACGCCCUGGCACGAUUGUUUGGUCGAUUAUCAGCUAUGCUGCCCGAAGGUACCGACCUGCACGAGAUUUUCAACGAAUGUGUCCAUGAAGCCAUUGAAACCUCUACGCCUGCCCCUGGCACCAACCCUGUCAGCAUGUACACGCUGUCGGUCAUCCGCAACCUGAUUCAGCUUUCCGCAUUGUGGGUGCGCGAUGAUGCCACCAACCAAAUGACCCCCGCCCAGGGCAUCAGUUUGGAUGAGGCCCGCGGCCACGUCUGCCUGCAUACGGAAGAGAGCGGGCCGCAACCAGCCUCGCGCUUGCGUAUUGGCGUCUCGGGUCGCAAGACCAGCAGCAGUAGCGACCAUCGCCCUCUUGCCUCGGGCAGCAAGCGGCGUGUCAGCCGGCGUCUGCAGACUGGUGACGAAGGCCGGGAUGGCGGUGGCGGUGCCGGCGCUGGUGGGAAAAGCAGUGCCUCAGCUGAUGACUUUUCGUCCGAUGAGGACCGCAGUAAUGCGUCCAUCGUUCUGAUGGCAGCCCGUGCAUUGGAAGAUGAGCAGCUCCGUGAAACCAUCUCUCGCGUGUCCAACGGCGAGUCCUCGGAUACUGCUGCAGGCCAUCAGGAAGACGAUUCCUUUGCCAGGGAGGAAGACGACGACGAGGAGAGGGAAGAGCAUGCUGAAUCAUCCCCAGAACGCUCCUCCGACCGUGCUCAAACAGCUGAGACGUCCUUGCCGUCGCAAGGCGCAGAGACGACCGACGAUCAGCGUAAAGCCUGGCAAACGGCUUUGGAUAUGUCUCAACUCGACGCUUCCAUCGGCGACUUUUGCGAUUCCGUCUUCAAGCUGUCUUCUCGCUUGCUUGUCACGCGCAAUCCACCGUUUGUGCUGUCCGUUGUUGCCAUUUUCUCUCUCUCUCUUUCUCUCUCUCUCUCUCUCUCUCUCUCUCUCUCUCUCUCUCUCUCUCUCUCUCUCUCAAACUCUCUCUCUCUCUCAAACUCUCUCUCUCUCUCUCUCUCAAACUCUCUCUCUCUCUCUCUCAAACUCUCUCAAACUCUCUCAAACUCUCUCAAACUCUCUCAAACUCUCUCUCUCUCUCUCUCAAACUCUCUCAAACUCUCAAUCUCUCUCUCUCUCACCCUCUCCUCUUUUUUUUUCUUGUUUUCUACUUGA